UGGGCAACGAGUAUGCAGUGAGAAGGUCGCAUCGCUUUCCGAGAAUGGUCAACUGGGAGAGUAAGCCGAACACUACACUCGGGAAGGAUGAAGUGACCAGAUUAUUUGCUAAAAAUUUGACAGUGUACUCCAUGUUAUGUCCUCGGCCGAAUGAGAUUGAGUUUGUGAGUUACAUAACCGGGGGUCAGCCUCCGUUAUUUGUUGACUUGGAGGAACUUGUGUUGGGUGAGGAUGGGCAACCAACACAGGAUGCUUUGCGAAGCCAGGCCGAAAAGCUUGCCUCCACAUUGGAAGAACGAGCGGAGGCAACCCGAAUAUUUAAAGACUCUACACCACCUCCACCGUCUCCACCACGUGCACCGCCUGCAGUUCCAGAUGGGUCUGGUGUUGACCCAUCUGCAGCUUCAGUUCCAGAUGAGUGUGGUGUUGACCCACUUGCAGCAUCACAGGAUCCUCCUGUUCCCCCGUCAGCUUCUAUUCCCAGCACCUCAGAGGCUCGUGAUCCAGUAUACCCUGCCAUUUUGGCAAGGUUGGAGACUGUGGAGAGGGGGCAAAUUGCUUUGAGGGAAGGGCAGGCCGCUCUGCUAAGAGGACAAAAAGCGAUUAUGGAUCAGUUGAAGACCAUAAUGACGCUCCUGCAAGAUCCUGGAAGGCCGGCAGCAGAUUCACAGCCACAGCCACAGCCACAGCCACACACUGUAAGAGAGGCUCGACCACCGAAGAUGACUUCAUUCUCCCAAAUGAUUACAAACCGGAUGAUGAUGACAUGUUCUGUACACCUGAGAAGACGAAGAUACUCAGGAUUCUGA